AUGCGCAAGCCGCCACCCGCGGAGGGGGUACCGCUGCUCAACAUACUUAGCUGGAAUGUGGCAGGACUGCGAGCGCUGGUGAAGAAGCACCCCGGCCUCAUCCCCUCCUUGGUGUGGAGGGAGGGAGCCCGAGUGCUGUGCCUCCAAGAGCACAAGCUGCAGGGCAGCCACACGGGGGAGAUGGAGGCGGCUCUGGGGCUCCAGGCAGGGCACGACAGGGGGCGUGCGGGUUGGGUCUGCUCCACAGGCAAGUUGGGUUACUCGGGGGUGUCCGUACAUACAGCCUCGCGGCCCCUGUCCGUGACGGUGGGUCUGGGGGCCGGGGGGGGAUCCACCUCCUCCCCGGAUUCGGAUCCGGAUCCGGAUUCCGAGCACGAGGUGGAGGGGCGGGUGGUGACGGUGGAGCUGGAGGAGGCCUUCGUGGUGAACGUCUACGUGCCCAACAGCGGAGAGGGCCUCAAGCGGCUCGACUACCGGAUAAACCGUUGGGAUGGCGCUUUCGCAAAGUACGUCAAGGGCCUGGAGUCGCGGGGCAAGCCGGUCAUCGUGACGGGGGAUCUCAACUGCGCGCACAAGGAAAUUGACAUCCAUGCCCCCAAGACCAACCUACGUUCCGCGGGCUUCACAGUGGAGGAGCGUGAGAGCUUCGGCCGGCUGCUGCUGGGCGAGGUCGGUCUGGUGGACACCUUCCGCGAGUUGUUCCCCUGCACGGUGGCGUACACGUACUUCACCCGCAGGUUCAACUGCAGGGAGCAGAACAAGGGCUGGCGGUUGGACUACUUCCUCACUUCGCGAGCCCUGAUGCCCCCGGCAGCAGCAGCAGCAACAGCAACAGUAACGGUCGUGACAACAGCCGCAGCAACGGAGACGGCAGUAGCAGCAGUAACCGCAGUAGCAAUUGAUCAGGAGGCUGAAGCGGGAACAGCGCUAGCUAAAGCGAACUCUGCACUUGCGGCGGUGGCGGCGCCGACGCUUUCGACGCCAUGGCGUGUGUACGACAGUUGGAUAUUGCAGGACGUCUACGGAUCGGACCAUCUGCCCCUGGGACUAACACUCAUCAAGGUUUGA